ACCCAUCUGAGCAGCAUGGACUUCAAGUCCCAGCAGGCAUUGCGGCCGGCACACCGGGAACUACGGGGUCCAAGAGGAAAGCUGGGAGCGACCGGUCCUUGCCCUCCCAGAAGCCCGCGGGCGGCUCGGAACGCCGUCCGUAUCAUGGCCGCGGGAGCCGGGACGGCUGGCUCCGCUUCCGGCCCGGGCGUUGUGCGUGACCCGGCGGCGUCACAGUCGAAGAAGCGUCCCGGCAGGGAGGGCGCGCAGCGAUCGGACGCGAUGGCGGGAGGAGGCGGGAGCAGCGACAGCAGCGGGAGGGCUGCAGGCAGGCGGGCGUCCCGCAGUGGCGGGCGGGCUCGGCGGGGGCGCCACGCACCGAGGCUGGGGGGCUCCGCGGAGCGGGGCGCGGGGGAGGCGCGGCUGGAGGAGGCAGUCAACCGCUGGGUGCUCAAGUUCUACUUCCACGAGGCGCUGCGGGCCUUUCGGGGUAGCCGGUACGGGGACUUCAGGCAGAUCCGGGACAUCAUGCAGGCUUUGCUUGUCAGGCCCUUGGGGAAGGAGCAUACCGUGUCUCGGCUGCUGCGGGUUAUGCAGUGUCUGUCGCGCAUUGAAGAAGGAGAAAAUUUAGACUGUUCCUUUGAUAUGGAGGCUGAGCUCACACCACUGGAAUCAGCUAUCAAUGUGCUGGAGAUGAUUAAAACGGAAUUUACACUGACAGAGGCAGUGGUCGAAUCCAGUAGAAAACUGGUCAAGGAGGCUGCAGUCAUUAUUUGUAUCAAAAACAAAGAAUUUGAAAAGGCUUCAAAAAUUUUGAAAAAACAUAUGUCCAAGGACCCCACAACUCAGAAGCUGAGAAAUGAUCUCCUGAACAUUAUCCGUGAAAAGAACUUGGCCCACCCUGUUAUCCAGAACUUUUCCUACGAAACCUUCCAGCAGAAGAUGCUGCGCUUCCUGGAGAGUCACCUGGAUGAUGCAGAGCCCUACCUCCUCACGAUGGCCAAAAAGGCUUUGAAAUCUGAGUCUUCCACCUCAACCACAGUGAAGGAAGAUAAACAGCCAGCACCAGAGCCUGUUGAAAAGCCACUCAGAGAACCUGCCAGGCAGCUACAGAACACUCCAACCACCAUUGGAAUUACGGCUCUGAAAGCAGCUUUCAAGACUCUGUCCAGUGCACAAGAUUCUGAGGCAGUCUUCUCAAAACUGGACCAGAAAGAUAUGGUAUUUCCUAAUAAAGUGUGCCCACCAUCACCAGCCCUCAAAAACAAGAGACCGAGAAAAGAUGAAAACGAAAGUUCAGCCCCUGCUGAGGGUGAGGGUGGCUCUGAACUGCAGCCCAAGAACAAGCGCAUGACAAUAAGCCGAUUGGUUUUGGAGGAGGACAGCCAGAGCACUGAGCCCAGCGCAGGCCUCGACUCCUCCCAGGAAGUCAUUCCUGCUUCACCAUCCAAGCCCACCAUCCUCAACCAACCCCUCCCUGGGGAGAAGAAUCCCAAAGUACCCAAAGGCAAGUGGAACAACUCUAAUGGGGUUGAAGAAAAAGAGACUUGGGUAGAAGAGGACGAACUGUUUCAAGUUCAGGCAGCACCAGAUGAAGAGAGUACAACCAAUAUAACAAGAAAGCAGAAGUGGACUGUAGAGGAAAGCGAGUGGGUCAAGGCUGGAGUGCAGAAGUACGGGGAAGGAAACUGGGCCGCCAUUUCUAAAAACUACCCAUUUGUUAACCGAACAGCUGUGAUGAUUAAGGAUCGCUGGCGGACCAUGAAAAGACUUGGCAUGAACUGAAACAGGCCUUCAUUUCCACAGAAUUCACAGGAGCAUGGUUCCUAAUAAUAGCCCCUGGUAGUCUGCUGUUUCUUUCAGAAGCUGGGCUGGGAUGAGAAUUUUGGGCAUCUUCCUCCCAUGUGGGGGAGGUUCCAGUUCCACUUCAUCACAGUUGGAGAUCAUGGAGCUGAGAAACAAAGCCAAGUCCACCCCAUGUCCUUGACAGAGAUGACAGGCACAUAGCUUGUACAGUGCCAGAAUACCAUUAGUAUUUCCCUUCUUUAGUGGUUUGCUUGAAUUUAAAUCCCUGGUAAUCAGUAGAACCUUCUCCUAGGAAAUGGUGGAGUCUGUUAGGAGUCACUUUUGACUCCAUGACCUGUUAAAACCAGCAACAUGAGCAUUACUUGGAGCGAACUUGUUCCAGGUAAAGCUUUGGCCUUCUGAUGCACAUGCAAAGGAACUUCAUCUGUCAUGAGCCCAGGUUGAUGAGAAACCAGUCCUGGUGGAAUCAGAGUCCCUUUAAAAAUUGUUUAGCCAGUUGUGACAUCAACUCCUAGACGUGACUGCCUUGGCAUUUGCUCUAUUUGCUGGGCUAUGUAGGCAGGUUUAACCUCCACUUCUCACGUGGUUGAACCAGUGUGUUUUUUGGUAAAAUGGUGAUUGUAGAUAAGCUUAGCCCCUCUCCCCAUCCUCUCUUCCCAAUUCCCUUCUUUAUGCUGGACUUUUAAAGCUUAAAAAAAUCCUGAUUGAGUAUAAAUGCCUAAUUCCAUUCUUUGUGAAAUGGUUGCUUCCGCCUGAUUCCCUAAUUGUGCUGUGUUAGUGUCUUGCACUGGAAUUCAACAUUCCCUUCUCCUUUUGUACUGUGUUGUGCUUGCUGUCUCUCAGACAUCCUUAAAGACUGUCUUUUUAGGAAAAAAGAAUUUCAGUAAAGUGUUUUCUGUAAUUUUUUUAAAAUGAGAAUUAUUGUCCAUAACUUGUAGCAUUCUUCAUUAAAGUCUUGCUUCUCUCAAA